AUAAGUUUUUAGGAAAUUUCGAUGAAAUUAUGAAGAUCAUAAUAUUCUGCUUUAUAUUGGCGACUCUGACCGCUUCAGUAACAUUUGGAAGAAAAUGUGAUGCUGAUUUAAAACCAGAAAAAUUAGUGGUUGUCGGAGUAUGGAAGCGUGGUUUUGACAACUCAACAGCACAAUACCGUAUCUCGGAUGAAGAUUUAUCAGUACGAGGAUAUGAAAGAACAGAAAGUGAUAAAGGAAGUUCAACUGUUAUGUUAGCAAGACAUCCAGAAGGAUGUGUUAUCAAUGAAUGUGGAGUACGUUUAUCAGCUAUGAUGCAAAACAAUGGAGCUAUUCUUCACACUGAUUAUCGAAUGAUUCGAAUGAAUGAUUCGACUAUGAAUAAUAUUGAAGAUGAGUUUUAUUGUGCAGAGAAGAACAAUUUUUGUGGAGCAGAUGUGCCAAUUUAUCGAUUGGUUAAACAUUCACUAACAGGACCACAUUAUGCAUACACAUUCAACGACGUUGGCCAAUCUCUACCUGGAUAUGAAAAAGAGUUCUUCCCAUUAUGCUUUGCUUGGCGACAAACUCCUUCAGUUGUACUCUUCAAUUCAACAGAUGACGGUGUUUGCCUAACACUUCCAGAAGUUCAAAAUGGAAAAAUUUUGUAUUCGAACGAUCAAUUAAACGUCUUUUCCAUAGGAACAUCUGCUACAUUGGAGUGUCAUCAAGGGUUCGCUGGAAAUGGACCAAGCAGUUUAGUCUGCACUAAAAAUGGGUGGUAUCCCAAAAGAGAGGAUCUUGGAAGUUGUGUAAGACUAGAGCAAUCCAAUAAAUCCCGCUUACUUGUCGCAUCUGAUGUUACCCCCACAUCAUCAUCUUGUCGUGUUCCGUCAUCAACCCCCAAUGGAAAUAUUGUCUACUCUGCCAAUGUGGCCACUUCAACCUCUAUCAAUUCUGUACCAACUGCAACACGAGCUACAGUACUUUGUUCAUUGGGACACGUGCCAACAACAUCAGUUACAUCAUCAAAAUGUGUUGAUGGAGAAUGGGAACCAUCUCUUCCCACGUGUCUAUCUCUUUUAGACAUCAAAUGUCCUAUUCUGUCAGCACCCAGAAAUGGAGAACUCGUCUUCACGAAUUCUGUCAAAUCUCCAUAUAGCUUGAACUCGGUCAUAUCUUUGAAAUGCGAUCGAAAUUAUUUUGGAACAGGAAAUCUUACUUCAACAUGCACUUCCACCGGAUGGGAUCAAAAAAUCGGACAAUGCGAACCGGUAGGAAUUCGAAGACUUUCAGAAAGUCACAGAUACCGAAUUCGACGCCAGGCAUCAACCGGAGCCGUAUGUGCUGCAAUUGCAAAUCCAGCAAAUGGAAAUCUUCUUUAUAUGCAAUCAAAUCCAACUGUUCAAUAUUCAUCAGGAACCUCUGCUUAUUUGAUGUGUAAUUUGGGAUACAGUUUAUCGGGAUCUGUUUCCACGUUGUGCUCAAAUGGUGUUUGGUCACCAAGUAUUGGUCAAUGCACUAAUGCUCUUGCCCUUGGUCAAACAACCGGCAACUGUGAAGCGAUUCCAACACGAAUUAAUGGAACAAUCACGUAUAGUUCAUUCGGAACCUACACUUCUGGGACUAUUGCAACAUUGGCGUGUAAUCUGAUGAAUACAGUAUCUGGAUCAUCAACAAGUACGUGUUUGAGUGGAGUAUGGAAUCCAACGAUUGGAAAUUGUGUGUCAUCUGGAGGAACUGGAGGAACUGGAACAACAUGUCCAAAUCCAACGGUUAUAAAUGGACAAAUCACGUAUAAUCAAGGAAAUACAUUUGAUACAACUCGUCCUGCACUCACCACAGCCACUCUCACAUGUAACAGUGGAUAUACCAGAAAUGGAAAUUACAUUUCCACGUGUUUAGGAGGAGUUUUUACUCCCACACUUGGCACUUGCACCUUUGGAACCUCUGGCUCCACAGGCACAGCUUGUAUAAAUCCAAUUAUCAUGAAUGGACAAAUCACUUAUAGCCAAGGAAACACAUAUGAUAUCACUCGGCCUUCGGGUACUGCAGCCACAUUAACAUGUAACAGUGGCUAUACCAUUAGUGGAUCUUCUCAAUCAACAUGUACAAAUGGAGCAUUUUCACCAACUCUUGGAACUUGUAAUUUCGGAUCUUCUACUGGAGGAGCUGGAACAACAUGUCCAAAUCCAACGGUUGUAAAUGGACAAGUUACUUAUAAUCAGGGAAAUACAUUCGAUGCAACUCGUCCAGCACUCACCAUAGCCACUCUCACUUGUAACAGUGGAUAUACUAUUAGUGGAACUUCUACAUCCACGUGUAUAAAUGGAGUUUUCACUCCCACACUUGGCACUUGCACUUUUGGCACCUCAGGUUCUACUGGCACCGCUUGUAUAAAUCCAAUUAUCAUGAAUGGACAAAUCACUUAUAGCCAAGGAAACACAUAUGAUAUCACUCGUCCUUCGGGUACUGUCGCCACAUUAACAUGCAACAGUGGCUAUACCAUUAGUGGAUCUUCUCAAUCAACAUGUACAAAUGGAGCAUUUUCACCAACUCUUGGAACUUGUAAUUUCGGAUCUUCAACCGGAGGAACUGGAACAACUUGCCCAAAUCCAACAGUUGUGAAUGGACAAAUUACGUAUAGUCAGGGAAAUACUUUUGAUGCAACUCGACCAGCACUCACCACCGCCACUCUUACUUGUAACAGUGGAUACACCAUCAGUGGAACUUCUAUUUCCGCAUGUAUGAACGGAGUUUUCACACCUACCCUCGGCACUUGCACCUUUGGAUCCUCUGGCUCCGCAGGCACAGCUUGUAUGAACCCAUAUGUUAUCAAUGGACAAAUCACAUAUAGCCAAGGAAAUACAUAUGAUAUCACUCGUCCUGCUGGUACCACAGCUACAUUAACGUGUAGUAGUGGUUAUACCGUCAGUGGAACAUCAGUUUCAACUUGUACAAAUGGAAUUUUCACUCCAACACUUGGAACCUGCACUCUUGGAUCCUCUACUGGAGGAACUGGUAUUCAAUGUACUGCGAUGAUUGCUCCACUCGGUGGCUCUGUGAUCUACUCAAAUGGAGGAACAAUGGGGCCUUUCCCAAGUGGAACAACUGUCACAGGAUCAUGCACAAACGGUGGUGCAAUCACAGGAGCAUCAACUGCCACUUGCUCCAAUGGAAUGUGGAAUCCAACAUUCUUGGGUACAUGUUCUCUAAUCGGGGGUUCAACAACUGGCCAAUGUAGUGCUUUAACGAUUCCAUCUGGUGCUCAAGCCACCUAUUCUCCAUUCAGUUUAAGCACAACUAGUUUCACGUCUGGAACUGUUGCGACAGUCACUUGCACAACUGGAGGAUCAAUGCUGGGAACGUCAACAUGUACAAAUGGAUUGUGGAGUCCAGCUAUCAUGGGAACAUGUUCUGGUACAGGAACCGGAAACACUUGUAGUGCCCUUACUCGUCCAGUUGGUGAAACAGUGACUUACGAUGGUACGACUUCAUUUGCAACAACUUUCAAUUCUGGAGUUAUUGCCCGUGUGACAUGCUCAAAUGGAACUCAAAUUGGGCAGUCAACAUGCCUUGUCGGCCAAUGGACUCCUGCAAUAACUGCAACUUGUUCUGGAUCCAGCACUGCAGUCGGUUCCCAAUGUAUUGGUGUAAUUGUUCCAACAAACGCUCAAGUGACAUACAGCGACGGAAGUAUGGUACUUCAUUCAGCCGGAACUACUGCAACAUUGACAUGUUUAAACUCGGCGACACUGACUGGAAGUAGCUAUUCAAGUUGCUCAAAUGGCGUAUGGACACCUACAUUGGGAAGUUGUACAUCUUCUGGAACUGGAACUGGGCCAUGCUAUACACCUCCAUUAACGCCAGUUGGUGCAACAUUGACUUAUUCUUCCGGAUACUUUGCACCAUGGACUGCAGGAAGUACUGCUACAAUGUCAUGUCCUGCAGGUCAGACAGUUAUAGGAACUUCUAUAUCCUAUUGUACAAAUUCUGCCUGGUCACCUGCAUUGGGAUCAUGCUCUGGAUCGUCUGUUGGUCAAGCUUCAACCACCACUACAACAUGCUCAUUCCUUCCAAUUGCUCCACCAUAUGGAAGCAUUGUUACCAGCCAAACGGCACCUUUUUCCGCCGGAACCAUGGUCACACUUCAAUGUGACAAUGGUUAUCAGAUUCAGGGAAAUAAUGCCACGUCGACGUGCACCAAUGGAGUUUUCUCUGAAAUUACAGCCACGUGUAUUAAAAAUUGAGCUACCUGUUUUCAAAUUUUGCAAUAAUGAUUGAUCUAUAUUUGGAAACUUUCAAUUUUUAUCAACUUCUCUCUAAUGUAUUUUUGGGUUUCUCAUUAGAGAGCAUUCGGAAAAUGAAUUCCUACUUGUUAAUUCUAUCCAAUAUUUGCAUGAUGUAAUACUGUAGUUAAAUUGUAGUUUAUAGUUGUUCCAGGAUGCACUCCUCUGUCCGCAUUCAGUGGAACACUUACCAAUGGUCGGAUGUCUUAUUCACCAACAAUAACAGCCACUAUUCCUGUUGGCACAAUGGUCAAUAUAGUUUGUUAUGCUGGAUACACGUUGUCCGGCAAUUCAAUUUCCACGUGUACAUCAAGUGGAUGGUCACCUAGUACUGUCGGAAGUUGUAUACAACAGGGUGUCUUAUCACGUGUUUCUAACCAGAAUUGUGCUGCCAUGGACACCCCUAACCAUGGUACCUUUUCGUAUAGUGUCGCCGGAUCAUUUACUACUGUAUGUUGCCGAUUGUGAUAACCACAACACUAUUUAAUUCACAGGGCACAAUUGUAACACUUCGUUGUGAUACUAACUAUGCCGCCACUAACGGUGAUACCUCUGCAAUAUGCACGAAUGGAGUGUGGUCGCCGAAGAGCUUGGCCAUGUGCCAGAGAACACUUAAAGAAGUAAUUGGUGCCUCGUGUCCAGCUGGAAUCCCUGCAGUUCUUGCCGCUACGAUGACUUAUUCAAACGGUCAACUAUUGGGACCGUAUCCAGCAGCUACGGUAGUUACAGCAACAUGUCAAGCUGGAUAUAUACCAACUGGAAUAAUGACAUCAACCUGCACAAAUGGACUUUGGACUCCGCCAUCUCUUGGAUUAUGUGAACUUAUUGGAAAUGAAAUCGGUGGAACAUCUUGUGGAAGACUCGGUGAACCUUUGGGCGGAACACUGGUCUACAGUGCAAUUGGUUUGGGACCAUAUCCAACUGGUACCUCUGCGACAGUGCUUUGUAAUAUUGGAACAACUCUGUCAGGAUCUGCAUCAUCACUAUGUACAAAUGGAGUAUGGAAUCCAUUACCAGGAACUUGUAUUGCAACUCUCUUGAGAAAACCUCCAGCAAAAGGUGUUCCCGAGAACGGAACCGCUGCUGAUUCACCAAAAGUUGGAAAUGGAACAAAUGAUGAUACACCGACACAAAUUCAAUUAUCUGGAGAAAAAUGUCCACCACCAAUAGCUCCUGCAUUCGGAGAGAUAACAUUCUCUGGUUUCUCAACUAAGGGAACAUUUGAAGAUGGAACAACCGCAGCGCUGAAGUGUAAUCUUGGCUAUAAACCAACUGGGCCCUCAUUCUCCACGUGUAGAAAAGGCUCAUUCCGUCCAAUUAUUGGCAAAUGCUCGAAUGGCUCAGAACACCAGCUUCCCGGAGUCUGCGUUCCACUGACUCCACCCAAAAAUGCUCGAGUCGUCUAUAUUCAAAGUGGUACAUCACUCGAUUUUGAGGACGGUACAACUGCACUUUUGUACUGUGAAGAGGGAUUUGCAGUGACUGGUGUUGCCACAUUAAGGUGUGAAACAGGACAAUGGGAACCAUCUAGUGGCUUUGGAAUGUGUGAUUCUAUUUAAAUAUUUCAGUGUACAAAUCUCGUUUUGUACUACUAAUAUAUUAUUGUUUAAUGCGGUUAAGAUCUCUUUUUAGUUGUUAGUUCAACAUUAUUUUCUUAUCGAAACAUGUAAUAAUGGAACUCAUAUGAAUCUAUUAUUGAUUCAUAUACAUAUCAUAAUGGAUCUAUUCAGAUCUAUCAAUGCCUUCUACUUUUGUAUUUAUAAUACUGAUAAAAAUAAAAUAUUGUUUGAAU